CCUCGUUUUCCUCAAUGGCGUGUAGCAAUCAUUUAGAGAGAAAAACACGUUGCAGAAACAUAUUUUACGACUUCUACGACGUGUAUGCUGAGCAUAUCUAUAGGGAAUUCAAUGACGGCAAAACGUUGCCAGCACUUCUCCUAGCAGCUAUUGCCGCAAGUAAACUUUUCGCAGAAGAUGGCAGAUGCAGCGGAGUGGAGAAAAAAGGAGAACUCCGACAUACAACCAUCACAAUCAUCAUGGCCAUCACCAUCAUCUUUAUCACCAACAAUAACACCACAUCACCAACAACAUCUGUCGACAACAUAGACAGAGGUACAAAGCAGGGGAUAGGGUGUAAAAGUUAAUAACAAAUUGGAAAGAGGGAUGCAAAUGCGAAUUCCAGAGCACGCUUCGUCAUUACUAGUAUAAGGGCUAUAUAGUUUGUUAUUAAGCUUAUAAGGUACUGAUUUACUUUUUGGAUCGAAAUGUAC